GGCUGCUUUCAGAGGAUGUCAGUGUAGUGAGCGGCUGGAGCACACUGUAACAGCGGUGUUUUCGCCUAGAUAUACUACAUAGAUGGCCGAUUAUAAAUAGGUUUAUAUAAGCAGACCGAUGUGUCAGAUUUAUGGCAGGUGACGUGAAAGGUCUGUCAGGCUGGAGAGCAUCGUCUUCAAGCUCAUGCAUAGCAGAUCGUGAUCUGGCUCAGUGGACUAUAACACAGAGAGAGAGAGAGAGAGAGGAUCCUCAGUGCACAACAUGAUUUCAAAAUGAUGUCUUCGUGAAAUAGUAUGCUUUCAUCGAUGCAGAUACUGAGCAUGGAAGGAUAUUUCUGCUGAUGUCUCUCGAUAUACUCCGAGAACAUGAUUGGCUCACCAGAUGUGGUGGCUUUUACCAAAGAAGAUGACUUUGGGGACUCGUUCUUGGAUCCAUUGUCACUUCCAGAGGAGUUUUCUGUGCCUUUGUUUACUCAUACUGCCAAUGCAAAUCCAUGGACGAAGACAUCCUAUGCGAAAUUCUCGAAAGAUUUCAUACUCAUCUCUGAGUUUUCGGAGCAGGUUGGUCCACAGCCUUUGCUCACCAUUCCCAAUGAUCCCAAAGUGUGCGGGACAUUUGACCUUAACUACUUCUCGCUGCGCAUCAUGUCUGUGGACUACCAGGCAUCUUUUGUCGGACAUCCUCCUGGCAGUAACUAUCCAAAGCUCAAUUUUGUGGAGGACUCAAAAGUCGUCUUAGGUGAUUCCAAGGAAGGGGCUUUUGCCUACGUCCAUCAUCUGACGCUGUACGACUUGGAGGCUCGUGGAUUCGUACGGCCCUUUUGCAUGGCCUACAUUUCCGCAGACGAAAGGAAGAUCAUGCAGCAGUUCCAAGAACUGUCAUCCGAGUUUUCCAAGGCAUCAGAAAUUCUCAAAUCAGGAAACAGGAAAGCUUUUGCAAAUGAACUGGAAAAGAAACUGAAAGACUUGGAGUACACCAGAUCAGUGCUGCACAAAGAGGAGGAGCAGCAGAAAAUGAACAAUGGCUGUUAUUCCACACAAGCUAUUGAGAAGGCGAAUGAACUAGCAAAUAUGGAGAAGUCUAUCUAUGAACACAAAGAUCUACUGAGGCAAAUCACAUCUUAUCCUUCCAGAAAAAAGAGAGGUAUGGAUUUUGUACAAUGCGAGGCUGACACAAGUGUAUCAGAUGAUACACAAAAUAGUAAUAAUUCCAAAACUGCAGAUAAGACUGUGGAAUCUGAAAGCGAUAGCAGAAAGUCCUCUUACACGCCUCAGCUCAUCAAGGCCAAAUCUGCGAAGUGCUUUGAUAAACGCUUGAAAACAUUAGAAGAGCUCUGCGAUACCAGCUAUUUCCACCAAACUCUAGAGCAGCUAAAUGUAAUCGAGAAGUCAUUCCGAGGAGAUCUGUGCUCUAUUUAUACCAGCCAGAUUGACAAGGCUCUUCUGAGCAAACAGAGAGUUACUAGUUUUCUCUUUGAAUCCGAAUGUGACUGGGAGGACGAAGGAACCUCAAAGAACUUCAAUAUCACUUCCAACAACCCAACGAUCCCCAUUCUGAACUUAUCUGGUGAGCCGCUGAGUCUUGACUCCUACACCACCUGCAUAGAUGUAGAUCACAUUAAGCCAGGCGUGGAGUCUGUGGAAGGGCCUCCUGAAUCCAGUACAUCUGACAUCACGCAGGAAACCUCAGAGGCCGCCGACACGGAGACCAAAGGGAGUUUAAGUAGUGACAAGAGCAUCGAGGCUUUUGGAGGUGUUAGUCCUUCCAGUCUACAUUACUUUGAUGGCCUUGAAAGAAAGUGCAAGGUAUCCGUUGCAUCCUCAUUUGAAAAUACGUCCCAUUCUAUUGCAGUCCCACGUUGGUCAUCCGAUGGGAAUCUAGUCCCAAUGGAUGCAGCUUGCUGUAUUGGACAGGAUGGUUUUGUUUUUGAGGAACCUUUACCUGAGCUCGCCGAGGAGUGUUGUGGCGACACUGUUGUGAACCAAGAACCUCUUUCUCUUUUUCAAGGAGAUCCUGCCUUACAGGUAAACUACAUUCUCGAAGAGUCAGCCCUCGCAGAGAGCCCCAACACCAUGGGACUGGCUUUUUCCGAUCUAAACACUUGUGUUCUCUCAGAGGAUGUGGCAAAAAUUAAUAUCGAAGAUGCCUCUGAUAGUACAAGCUUCAUGAGCGCCUCCACCAGUUCUGACCGAGCGGUGUCUCCAUUCACUUAUGGCACUGCGUUGACGCUAAAGCAGAAGAAGAAAGCUGGUCACAGCGCUCUUCGAUUCAUCAGGCAAUAUCCAUUUGCUCAGCAAGCCAUUUUCUGCCUUCUGAGUGGCCGAACGCUUGUUAUUUUGGGGGUGGAUGAGGGCACGGUGAGGAAGCUGGUCAACGCCCUGUUCGUUUUUGUGCCCAAUCUUGGCAAGUAUGGUGAAACCAUCCAACCGUGGCUUACGACACCAUUUCAGCUGACAGACUUGCAGAGAUGGAAACUUAUUGGAUUGCAGAGAGCUGCCUCCCCGACUGGAUCCAGCAUCCUCCACUCUUUGAAUCGAUACAGCCGUUACAUUGGCAUUUUGGAUUGUGACAACAAGACCCUCCGGUGUCCACCGUACAGAGGAACACUAAUAAGCCAUUUGGCGGACCACAGGACUCAGAUCAAACGUGGCAGCACCUACUUCCUCCAUGUUCAGGGUAUGUUGACUCAGCUUACAGCUAAGGCCUUCCUUUACACAUUCUGCCAUCACAUUCACCUUCCCAUGGACAUCAACGACCAGGGCUCGGUAACAUCGCGCAGGACUAAUUUCUUGUUGCAGCUCGGCUACACUGUGGAGGAGAGUAAAAUCGUCCAGUACCUGAGUGAGCUCAUCAAGCAGCAUUACAUUCAGGGCUCCUCCAAGUGGGUCAACCAGUCUUUUUGUUUUAAUUACACCACCAGCUAUUUGUACAAAAUCUGAAUGUGUCCAGUCCACUAUCUGUUCAUCAUUAACCAACCCCGGUUAAAAUCAGGAGACCAAACGUAUUGAAUGUAAUCACUUUUUUUUUUUUUUGUUAAUAUCCUCAUGGCAUUCCAGGAAGCAGCUGGUUGAACGUCUGGUGUUCUAGAUUGUGGUCUGUUUGUUUAGUGUAAAGGUUGCAUAUUUAAAUCUAUUGCCAAACCGUUUUCCUUAAAAUUGAGAAAAUAGGUUCCUCAUAUGGUCCUAAGACCUUACAGAAGCUCUGUAAUAAUAAAAUUAAGACUCAGCAAGAUUUCACCAUCGUUCAAGCACAUGUUUUAAAGAGGGCUCUUUUAAAUGUGUUGUUACAGGCUUGUUUUCAUUAACAGCUAUAGCUACACAGGAACAACAGCAGGAGAGUCUCUAAUCACUAUUUAAUUAAUCUGGUCCCGGUAGCCUGUUUAAUAAUUAAUGCUUUUUUGCCUUCAUAAGCAAUGCAACUGUUGCUGCAUGAAAAUCACAAGCAUAAUUUCAAUGGAACUAACUUGCGUGGCAUCAGAAGGGUAUUUUACAAUACACGUUCUUUAAGUAUGCUGCUGUUUACCAUUGACCAACAGCCUUAUAAACUGCAUUAUAUGCAUUUUAAUUAGCAGAAAAAUUUGGAUCAGUCAGUUAUUAGCUUUUUGAUUCUUGCAUUCUAAGCUUGAGAUUUAUUAAUGCACUAAUUGAUUAUUAAUAUUGGAAAAACAUUCAAAUUAGCUCCUUCUGCCCUCUCUAGUGGACAAAAUCUGAGGGGAUUUUUUUUUUUUUAUAUAUAUAUAUAUAAUAUAAGGAUGAACAAAGGUUACAGACAUUGUUAAACAAACAAAAAUUGAGCCAACUGCCCUUUGUGUUUUAACGUAAUUGUGUGAUAAGGUGUAUGAAUGUACUGCAUGUAAAAUGUCACAUCGUGGAGAACUGUUACACAAUCUUCUGCAUGUUUGAAGAACACACAAAUGUAACAAUGGCAAAAUAUGGGGGCAUUUAUAGACAUCGUAUCUCAUGUGUUGUACUAUUCAGCUUUUCUAGAUAUAUUUAAAAUGGAUAUAAAUUGUCGUCCAAGUUGUGUGCAAGCAACGUCAGCAUGAGUAACUGUGUGGAUGAAGUGGCACUUCAUUCUAAUGGCUGUUGCAGUGUUGUGAAAUGAACGAUAGUGGUGGUUGUUGCCAAAACUACAUUGUCUGUAAUUGUUAUUCCCACUACUGCAUGAUUGCAGUUGUAGUCCAGAAUUACAGACCACCGCCAAUUCAUCACAAGUGUGUCUUAAUAUUAAGUUGUUUGGCUACCCAGUAAUUAUUGGCCUUUGUAACAAUUUGUCAGAGACUGAUUUUUCAGCAUUUAAUUGCAGUCUGUUGAAUGUAAAUUGAGAAUAAGCCAUACCAUUAUACACACAUUAUCUUCUAAGAAGGUUUUCUUUUUUCUGGUUUUGAACAAACCUUGUUUGCUGUAUCUGUCUAAAUCAUUCUGUUUUGCUACUGUUCAUAAAUCUAUUUGAAGACAGUAUUGUGAGCUUGUCUGGGGUGAGGUGUAAUCUUCAUGCUAAAAUAUUAAUGGAUGUUAAGUCGAGUAAAUUUUGAGGGUCAUCUGUGUGCUUUAAGUUGCUGCCCACUGUGAAAUUACUCUGCCUUCAAUUUCAUUAAAUUAUUUCUGAUUUA